UCAAAGGAAUCUGUAAAAAUGGGUCCCGGAAUGGAAACAGUGGACAUAGCUGUGGUAGGACUGUAUUUUGUUCUGGUGCUAGCCAUUGGGUUUUUUGCCAUGUGGAAAGCCAAUCGCAGCACUGUGAGUGGCUACUUCCUGGCGGGACGCUCCAUGUCGUGGAUAGUGGUAGGCGCCUCGCUCUUUGUCAGCAACAUUGGCAGUGAACAUUUCAUUGGCCUAGCUGGGUCAGGAGCAGCAAGUGGCUUUGCUGUUGGAGCAUGGGAAUUUAAUGCCCUUCUACUUCUUCAGCUGCUUGGCUGGGUUUUUAUCCCUGUGUAUAUACACUCUGGAGUCUACACCAUGCCAGAGUACCUGUCAAAACGCUACGGUGGCACAAGGCUAAAGGUUUACUUUGCUCUCUUGUCUGUGUUACUUUACAUAUUUACCAAGCUCUCUGUGGACUUAUAUGCUGGAGCUCUCUUCAUUCAGGAGUCCCUCGGGUGGAACCUUUAUGUGUCGAUUGUUCUGCUCAUCGGUAUGACUGCACUGCUCACUGUCACUGGUGGAUUGAUGGCAGUACUCUACACGGAUGCACUUCAGGCAGUGUUGAUGAUUGGUGGAGCCCUAACCUUAACCAUCCUCAGCCUAAUCAAAGUCGGCGGGCUAGAGGGUGUCAGAACAAAGUACAUGCUGGCAGUUCCCAAUGUUACUGCUAUAAUGGCUACUGGGAACUUCACCUAUUCUCCUUCCUGCCGCAUUGAGCCCAAACCAAACUCCCUACGCAUCCUUCGAGGUCCCAUGGAUGAAGACAUCCCAUGGCCGGGCUUCAUUCUUGGCCAGACCCCUGCGUCAAUUUGGUACUGGUGUGCGGACCAAGUCAUUGUUCAGAGAGUACUAGCAGCAAAGAACAUUGUUCAUGCUAAGGGCUCUACACUAAUGGCUGGAUUCCUCAAGAUUCUGCCCAUGUUUCUAAUAGUCAUUCCUGGAAUGAUCUCCCGCAUCUUGUUUGCGGACGAGAUCGCCUGCAUUGGGCCAGAGCACUGCAUGGCUGUGUGUGGUUCUCAGGCUGGCUGCUCAAACCUUGCCUACCCACGCCUGGUCAUGGCAGUGAUGCCUGUUGGACUAAGGGGUCUGAUGAUGGCAGUCAUGAUCGCUGCCCUGAUGAGUGAUCUAGACUCGAUCUUCAAUAGUGCAAGCACAAUCUUCACACUGGACAUCUACAAAACAGUUCGGAAGAACGCGUCUCAGCGUGAGCUGAUGACUGUGGGCCGUCUGUUUGUUGUUGUCAUGGUGGCAAUCAGCAUUGCCUGGGUCCCUGUUAUUAUUAAUAUGCAAGGUGGACAGACGUACCUCUAUAUCCAGGAAGUUGCUGGCUACCUCACUCCACCAAUUGCUGCCCUCUUCCUGUUAGGUGUGUUUUGGAAACGGUGUAAUGAGACGGGUGCAUUUUGCGGAGGCAUGACAGGUUUCACACUCGGUGCCCUGCGGCUGAUCCUAGCUUUUGUCUACCGCCAGCCUCGCUGUGAUCAGCCAGAUGAUAGGCCUGCCUUCAUUUUUAAAGUUCACUACAUGUAUUUUGCCGCUGGGCUGUUCUGGAUUUCAGGGGCGGUUGCGGUCAUGGUCAGCCUCUGCACCGCUCCACCAGAUGAGGAACAGGUUCGCACCACCACAUUAUGGGGGCUCCGCAACAUCAAGAUGGUUUCAACAAAGGACCGAAAGGAGACCUACAGGCUGAAUGAAAAGAGCCAUUGUAGUGGAGAUGGGAGACUUCAUAAAGAAAUACCCCCAGAUAUCAGAAAGGAGAUGUGUUUGGAUGGGGCGGAUGUCAAACUCCUGGUCCCAUCCACUGACCAUGACCCAGCAACCCCUAGUACAGAAACAUCCCCUGCCACCACCCCUGCAGAGCAGUUUGGUAAUGGAACACUGGAGAUGACCAGAGAAGAAAGCUGCAAUGUUUAUCACGAGACUGGCAGGUGUAUGCGUGUACUGGAAUGUCUCUGUGGAUGUAAGGACAGAGCACAGAGCGAUCAGCAAAAAGUACAGCAGGAGGAUGCAACAGUCAUUGCAGAGAUGCUGUACGAGUCACCUAGAGAUAAAUGUAUUCUUAAUGUGAGUCUGGUGUUUGUCUGCUGUCUGGGCAUCUUUAUGUUUGUUUAUUUCUCACUGUAAUUGAACUCUGCACUGAACUAACUGAUUGGUGUGGGGGCUUUUAUUAAGGUGUGUGUGGGGGGGGGGGCUGUUAACAAACAGUUGCAUUUUCAAAGAUUUGAGAAGCUGUCUGUAAUAUUUACAGUUGUCAUUUGUAGCUCUUUAACAGGGUUUUAAGCUUAUUCUAAUCAUUUAUUUAAAUGAUUAAAGCUUCUCCACAAACAAAUGUAUUCUUCCUUAAGACUAUGAAGCUUAUUUUUGUAUUGUGUACAGUGCUGUUAAUCCUGCAUUCAGAAUAUGUUCUUUUUUUUUUUAGAAUUGUUCUUAUUUGACAUAUGCACUUGUCUUUUUUUUUUUUUUGUGAAAAAUAAAUGUAUCCUGUGAUUUCUUUUCUUUUUUUUUUUACCCCAUUGUUGAUAGUGAUUGUAGGCUUAGUUGAUGGCGUAGCAUACGUAGCUGUAGUCAAACAAACUUUAGGUUAUAGACCAUGAUCGUUCUGAACAAGUUUCUGCCACUGAACACUGUAUUAUUACUGCAUUGUAUCAGUAGAACUUUGAGUAUGUCUAACUAUUUAAUUUUUAUUGUGCCCUGGACUGUUAUUUCAAGGUUAUAAGUGAAUCCCCUGCAUAUCCAAUUUGUUUGUUGGCAACUAUCUCUUUUAUUUUUGAGGGAACCAUUAUGAAGUUUUUAAAUUGAGUUAAUAAGUUCUUAAAACAUUACUUCUCUGCUGCCGUUACAUAUGAGGAUUAUAUUGUGGUGAUUAUCAUAAUCACAGUUUGAUUUAGCCUACUGGAGGUAGAUCAAACUUACAUGUGUUCAGCAGCACAGAAUAUGAAAUGUAGCACAAUAGUAGAAAUUGUUAUCAUCUUAUUUAUAUAUAUAUAUUUUUUUAUCAUCUUAAGAAAAGAAAUAGCCAAAAUUAAUAGAUUAUGGUACUUUUGAUUUGACUAUUUAAUUUGUCACUAGUGACUAAAUUCCAUUCACCACAGAAUCUGCAUUGCUAUAUCAAAGCUUUUAUAUAUAUGUACUUUUUAUGCACUACUGUAUUAUAACUAAGGUCAGAAGUACCAAUGCUCAUGAUUCUGUUAAAAUCUAUAUUUAAUGUAUAUCUCAUUUUAUAGUCACAUCAUUAAUAAGUGUGUUGUUUAUGUUACCUGUGAACUACAACACAACAUACCUUUUAAUUCAGGGCUCUUUGCAUCGUUCACAAUAUACAUUUCUUCUAUAGCAGGCUAUCUGUUGUAUAUCUACUGUGUGUAAAUGUACCUUUAGUGCAUUUAAUCUUGUUUCAAAUGCAUCUUUUAUAAACCUCUUACCAACAGUGUCUUAGUAAAAAAAAAA